AUGGUGAACCUCCAAGCUAUCCAAGCCCACAAUGCGGCUCUCAAAUCUCUAGCCCCAGGUCUCGUCGCGGUGUUUGUCGGCGGCACCUCCGGCAUCUCCCUCUCCACAGCCCUCGCCUUCGCUCGUCACACGCUCUCCCCCAAAAUCUACCUCAUCGGCCGCAACCAGUCCGCCGCCGACACCGCCAUUGCCUCCAUGAAAAGCAUAAACUCCUCCGCCCAGCCGACCUUUCUCCAAACCGACAUAUCCCUGCUUAAGAACGUCGAUAGCGUGUGCGCCGAGAUCGCAGCCAAAGAGAAAAAGCUAAACCUGCUAUUCAUGACACCGGGAUACAUGACGCUGAAAGGCCGGGACGAGACGGCCGAAGGCCUGGACCGCAAAUUCGUGCUGCAUUACUACGCGCGGAUGCGAUUCAUUGUCAACUUGCUUCCCCUCUUAACCGUGGCCGCGCAAGACCCCUCUGUCAAGGCCAAUGCUAGACUAUCCCGCGUAGUCUCCGUACUAGAACCGCUCGUCUCCGUCCGCGCCGGCGGCUCCGGUAAGCUCAACUUCUCCGACCUCAGUCUGAAGCACACGUUCAGCCUCAAAAAUUGCGGCGCGCAUGCCAGCCUGAUGGGUGAUUUUUUCCUGGAGGGCAUGGCGCAGCGACACCCGCAUACCUCGUUCGUCCACGCGUACCCUUCUGGUGUGGCCACGGGCCUGAUGCGUGAAAUGCCGGCUGGGGGCGUGCUGGCUGCUGUGCUGACACCGCUAUUGAGUGCAUUUAUGGUGCCGAUUGACGAGAGUGGGGAGAGGCAUUUGUUUGCUGCGACGAGUGAGAGGUUUCCUCCCAAAGCUGAGGGUGAGGGGAUGGAAGGGGAUGUCGCGGUUGGCAGCGAUAGUACGAAGGGGAGUGGUUGUUACUGGGUGAGUUGGGACGGAGAGGUGUUCCCAGCGAACAAGAAAUUGGGGAAGACGAGGGAGGAGGGCGCGGUGGAGAAAGUGCUGCAGCACACGGAAGAGGUGUUUAAGCGGGUGUGUGAGGAGGGCAAGACAUACCCGUGA